AUGGGUCAACCCACGACUGCCAGCAACGCCGAUACCCUCACCGUGCGGGACAAUCGCACCGGCAAGACGUAUACCAUUCCGAUCACAGACAAUACCGUCGCCGCAACCGCGUUCAAGGCGAUUAAGGCGCCGCGGAAAGAGGGAGAACGCGAGGAGAACGAGACGGAGAAGGGCUUGCGAGUUGCAGACAAGGGAUUCCUCAACACAGCAGUCAUUCAGAGCACGAUCACAUACAUUGAUGGAGAGGCUGGAGUGUUGCGUUACAGGGGAUACCCCAUUGAGCAGCUCGCUGAAAAGUCUACGCACCUCGAGACCGCCUAUCUUCUCCUUUACGGCGAGUUGCCAAGCAAGGAGCAAUAUCAACUAUUCGAAACGGAGGUUCUGCACCACUCCGCUGUUCACGCAGACGCCGAGACGUUCUUCCGUUCGUUCCGCUACGAUGCGCACCCUAUGGCUAUGCUUACAUCCGCCUUCGCUUACCUCGGCUCAUACUAUUCGGAGGCAAACCCAUCAUUGCAAGGUCAAACACUCUUCACGAAGGGCAAUACUGUAUCGCUCGCCAACAUGGAUAAGCAGAUCUACAGGCUUCUAGGCAAGGCCACAACGCUCGCUGCCAUGGCAUACCGUGUUCGUCAGGGCCGCGAUUUCGUAGUACCGCCAACAGGCCUGAGCUACACUGGACAGUUCCUCUACAUGAUGGAUCACUUGGGCCAGGAAGACUUCCGCCCAUCGCCUGUGCUCGAGAAAGCCCUCGAUACGCUCUUCUUGCUCCAUGCGGACCAUGAACUCAAUGCCUCGGCGACGACGAUGCUGCAGACUGGUAGCUCAUUAGUAGACCCUUACUCCGCCAUUGCCGCUGCAUGCGCAUCACUCUACGGGCCACUCCAUGGCGGUGCAAACGAGGCAGUUAUCCGCAUGCUCAUCUCCAUAGGCAAGCCCGAGAAUGUCCCCGCUUUCCUCGAGGCCGUGAAGCGUCGGGAGAAGGUACUCUCCGGCUUCGGGCAUCGCGUCUACAAGACAUCCGACCCGCGCUCCUUCAUCAUCCGCCGCACGGCUGACGCGGUCUUUGCCGUGACCGGAAAAGACGAACUACUCGAGACAGCGAUGGCACUGCACGACGCAGCCAUCAAAGACGAGUACUUCACGUCGCGCAAGCUCGCUCCCAACGUCGACUUCUGGUCUGGAUUGAUAUAUCGGGCGAUGGGUUUCCCGCUGGACUUCUUCCCCGUCUUGUUCGCUGUACCCCGUGUUGCUGGAUGGCUUGCGCAUUGGCGACAGAUGAUGCUUCAGCAAGGCGGCGUCAAAAUUUGGCGACCCAGGCAAGUAUAUGUCGGGGCAGGGAAGAGGGAUUACGUCGGCUUCGAAGAGCGUCAAGCGACGAAAGGAUUGAAGAAAGAACCUACGCCAGUGCUCCACUCCGGAAUGACGAAGCGGACAGCCUUGGCUGACUUCAAGGGCAAGAGUAAGCUCUGA